AUGGAGAUACAGAUGGACGAAGGCGGCGGCGUAGUGGUGUACCAGGAUGACUAUUGCUCGGGCUCGGUGAUGUCGGAGCGCGUGUCGGGCCUGGCGGGUUCCAUCUACCGCGAGUUCGAGCGCCUUAUCCAUUGCUACGAUGAGGAGGUGGUCAAGGAGCUGAUGCCGCUCGUGGUGAACGUGCUGGAGAACCUAGACUCGGUGCUCAGCGAGAACCAGGAGCACGAGGUGGAGUUGGAGCUGCUGCGCGAGGACAACGAGCAGCUGCUCACCCAGUACGAGCGUGAGAAGGCGCUGCGCAAGCAGGCCGAGGAGAAGUUCAUCGAGUUUGAAGAUGCAUUGGAACAAGAGAAAAAGGAACUUCAGGUCCAGGUGGAGCACUACGAGAUCCAGACCCGCCAGCUGGAGCUGAAGGCCAGGAACUAUGCGGACCAGAUUUCCAGGUUGGAGGAGCGGGAGUCAGAGAUGAAGAAAGAGUACAACGCCCUGCACCAGCGACACACAGAGAUGAUCCAGACGUACGUGGAGCACAUCGAGAGGGCCAAGCUGCAGCAGGUCGGCACCAACAGCCAGACGGAGGGCAGCCUGCCCGGGAGGAGCAGGAAGGAACGCCCCACCUCACUGAAUGUCUUCCCCCUGGCCGACGGCAUGGUACGUGCACAGAUGGGGGGCAAGCUCACACCUGCAACGGACCACUGGCACCCGAGUGACCGCGGCCAGCUGCCAGCCAGCUCCAGCUACCAGUGUCCCCACAAUGAGAUGUCUGAAUCGGGCCAGUCCUCAGCGGCCGCCACACCCAGCACCACCGGCACCAAGUCCAACACGCCCACCUCCUCGGUGCCCUCGGCCACAGUGACGCCCCUCAACGAGAGCCUGGAGCCCCUGGGUGACUACGGCGGCAGCACCAAGAGUGGCAAGCGGGCUCGCGAGAAGCGCAACAGCCGCAACAUGGAGGUGCAGGUCACACAGGAGAUGCGCAAUGUCAGCAUAGGGAUGGGCAGCAGCGACGAGUGGUCUGAUGUCCAGGACAUCAUAGACUCCACCCCUGAACUGGACAUGUGCCAAGAGCCACGUCUGGACCGAACUGGCAACAGUCCCACCCAGGGUAUUGUGAACAAGGCUUUUGGCAUCAAUACUGACUCCUUGUACCACGAGCUGUCCACUGCUGGGUCAGAGGUCAUCGGGGAUGUGGAUGAGGGAGCUGACCUGCUAGGGGAGUUCUCAGUGCGCGAUGAUUUUUUUGGGAUGGGCAAGGAGGUGGGUAACCUGCUGCUAGAGAACUCACAGCUGCUGGAGACCAAGAAUGCACUGAACGUGGUGAAGAACGACCUGAUCGCCAAGGUUGACCAGCUAUCAGGCGAGCAGGAGGUGCUGAAAGGAGAACUGGAGGCAGCCAGGCAGACCAAAGCCAAGCUGGAGACCCGCGUCCGGGAACUGGAAGAAGAACUGCGCAGAGUGAAAUCGGAGGCAAUCACUGCCCGGCGGGAACCCAAAGAAGAGGCAGAGGAUGUCAACAGCUGUCUGUGCACAGAGCUGGACAACAUCCCCAUGGCCCAGCGGCGCCGCUUCACUCGGGUGGAGAUGGCCCGUGUGCUCAUGGAGCGAAACCAGUACAAGGAGCGGCUGAUGGAGCUGCAGGAGGCUGUGCGGUGGACUGAGAUGAUCAGAGCAUCUCGGGAGCACCCAUCCGUCCAGGAGAAAAAGAAGUCCACCAUCUGGCAGUUCUUCAGCAGGCUCUUCAGCUCCUCCUCCAGCCCCCCGCCGGCCAAGCGCUCAUACCCCUCAGUCAACAUCCACUACAAAUCACCCACCACGGCCGGCUUCAGCCAGCGCCGUGGCCACACCAUGUGUCAGAUCUCUGGCAGCCGCCCACUGGAAUUCUUCCCCGAUGACGACUGCACGUCGUCAGCGCGGCGGGAACAAAAGCGGGAGCAGUAUCGCCAGGUGCGCGAACACGUGCGCAAUGACGAUGGGCGGCUGCAGGCGUGCGGCUGGAGCCUCCCCGCCAAGUACAAGCAGCUGAGCCCCAAUGGAGGCCAGGAGGACAUGCGCAUGAAAAACGUGCCGGUGCCGGUGUACUGCCGCCCCCUGGUGGAGAAGGACCCGACCAUGAAGUUGUGGUGCGCGGCGGGCGUCAACCUGACUGGGUGGAAGCCCAGCGAUGAGGACCCAGGGAAUGGGACCAAGCCAGUGCCCGGCCGGGAUCCCCUGACCUGCGACCGUGAAGUAGAAGGGGAGGUCACCAACAGCCACACUUCUCCAGAGAAGAAGAAGGCAAAGGAGCUGCAUGAGAUGGACACCACCUCCAGCCGGGUCUGGAUCCUCACCAGCACACUGACCACCAGCAAGGUGGUGAUCAUAGAUGCCAACCAGCCAGGCACCGUGGUGGACCAGUUCACUGUCUGCAAUGCCCAUGUCCUGUGUAUCUCUAGCAUCCCUGCGGCCAGUGAGAGUGACUACCCGCCAGGGGAGAUCUUCCUAGACGGUGAUGUGAAUCCGGAGGAACCUGGCGCAGAUGGAGUGCUGGCCGGCAUCACACUGGUGGGCUGUGCCACUCGGUGCAACGUGCCACAGAGCAACUGCUCCUCGCGUGGAGACACUCCGGUGCUGGACAAGGGGCAGGGGGAAGUGGCAGCAGCCUGCACUGGAAAGGUCAACCCAGCUCAGUCCACAGAGGAGGCCACGGAGGCCACAGAGGUGCCCGAGCCCAGCGAGCCUGAAGCAGCUGCAGUGCGGCCCGGGCCCCUCACAGAGCAUGUCUUCACCGACCCAGCCCCCACACAGCCCCCCAACAGGCCUGGCAGUGAGAAUGGGCAGGAGGCAGAGACAGAGGCCAGCAGAGCGCAGCCUGAGCCAGAGCCCAGCGUGGACCCUGCAGGGGCUGGCAGCAGCGUGGCACCCACCAUGUGGCUGGGUGCCCAGAAUGGCUGGCUGUACGUGCAUUCGGCCGUGGCCAACUGGAAGAAGUGCCUGCAUUCCAUCAAACUGAAGGACUCCGUUCUGAGCCUGGUACACGUGAAAGGCCGAGUGCUGGUGGCCCUGGCAGAUGGUACCCUGGCUGUCUUCCAUCGUGGUGAAGAUGGCCAGUGGGACCUGAGUAACUACCACUUGAUGGACCUGGGCCACCCACACCACUCCAUCCGCUGCAUGGCCGUGGUGUACGACCGUGUGUGGUGCGGCUACAAGAACAAGGUCCACGUUGUCCAACCCAAGACCAUGCAGAUCGAGAAGUCGUUUGACGCCCACCCACGGAGGGAGAGCCAGGUACGGCAGUUGGCGUGGAUUGGUGAUGGGGUGUGGGUGUCCAUCCGCCUGGACUCCACGCUGCGGCUCUACCAUGCCCACACCCACCAGCACCUGCAGGAUGUGGACAUCGAACCCUAUGUCAGCAAGAUGCUGGGCACAGGCAAGCUGGGCUUCUCCUUUGUGCGCAUCACAGCACUGCUCAUCGCUGGCAACCGCCUCUGGGUGGGCACUGGCAAUGGAGUGGUCAUCUCCAUCCCAUUGACUGAGACUGUGGUACUACACCGAGGGCAGCUUCUGGGGCUUCGCGCCAAUAAGACAUCCCCCACAUCAGGGGAGGGUGCCCGUCCAGGAGGCGUUAUCCACGUGUAUGGUGAUGACAGCAGUGACAAGUCGGCGAGCAGCUUCAUCCCCUACUGCUCCAUGGCACAGGCUCAACUCUGCUUUCACGGCCAUCGUGACGCCGUCAAGUUUUUCGUGUCUGUGCCAGGUAAUGUGUUGGCUACCCUCAAUGGCAGUGUGCUGGACAGCCCAUCCGAGAGCCCCGGGGCCCCAGCCACUGCCUUGGAUGCUGCUGAGGGCCAGAAGCUGAAGAACGUGCUGGUGCUGAGUGGAGGAGAGGGAUACAUUGACUUCCGUAUCGGUGACGGCGAGGAUGAUGAAACAGAAGAAGGUGGAGGGGACCCAACCCAGGUGAAGCCCUUGCUGUCCAAAGCCGAGCGCAGCCACAUCAUUGUGUGGCAGGUGUCCUACAGCCCUGAAUGA